UAUGCGGGUCGGACGAGCCCACGGAAGCCGAGCCGCCAAAACGUGGCCAGCUCAGAUGGUGCCCCUGCGCGGCUGCCACCGCUUCGCCCACCUGCGCCUCUUCUCCUCCAUGGCGGCGCCCCAACAACCCGGCAAAACCCUCCUCCGCCCGAGCCCCACGCCUUCCCCCGCUGGCUCGGCGCCCAAGAGGUCCAGGACGAUGGCCACGGACGCGACGGCGGCGGCGGCGGAUCCUCCUUCGGCCUCCAAGGGCUGCCCCGCGAUGAAGGCCGAGUUCGUCAAGCACGCCGAGUACCUCAAUGCCCUGAAUGAUAAGAGAGAAAGGCUUGUGAAAGCAAGUCGGGAUGUGACAAUGAACAGCAAAAAGGUCAUCUUUCAGGUCCACAGAAUCAGUAAAGUUAACAAGGAGGAAGUUCUUUCAAAGGCAGAAAAUGAUCUUGCUGCAGUGGUUAACCAAUACAUUGCAAAGUUAGUAAAAGAAUUACAAGGAACCGACUUCUGGAAGCUAAGAAGAGCCUACACCUUUGGUGUACAAGAAUAUGUUGAAGCUGCAACGUUUUGUAGAUUUUGCAAGACUGGCACUCUAUUAAGUCUCGCUGAAAUUAAUGAUUCUUUACUAGCACUAAGUGAUAAAUCUGUUGAGCCCUUACAGAUAAAUGUACUUGACUAUCUUUUAGGGGUUGCUGAUUUGUCAGGAGAGUUAAUGAGGCUUGCAAUAGGCCGUAUAUCUGAUGGCGAAGUUGAGUAUGCAAGGAACAUCUGUUCAUUUGUACGUGAUAUUUACAGGGAGCUGACCCUUGUGGUGCCUCUAAUGGAUGACAAUACUGAGAUGAAGAAGAAGAUGGAGGUUAUGCUGCAAAGUGUAGUGAAAAUCGAGAAUGCUUGCUUCAGUGUUCACGUGAGAGGAUCAGAGUACAUUCCUCUACUAGGAUCCUCUGCUGAUGCAGAUUAUUCCUUUUUUGGUGCCUCAGACUUUGACCAAUGAAGAUUUUGAAGCAAGACCACCUAACUGAAAUGUCACAUGAGCUUAUGUUCGGAAGAGGAGCUGUGUCAAGGCUAUUUUUAGGUUUUCGAUCUUGUUUAGUGUUUGGCUUUAUUUCCGGUUUAUGUUGCACAUCAUGGAAUCUGUAAACCUUGGCUCAACUUUGUAAUGAUGUUGCAACUUGCAAGACUGGUUUUUCGAUUCGAGUAAUGGUCGUUCUCCGGGCUGCCUGUUUCA